AUGGCAUCACAGACGCCCGCAAAGCAGAAUGGAUCUCUGAAAGGAAAUGACUGUCUUGAAAUGAACGCCUCAAAAAAGAAAAGAUCGUGGUUUUGGAAAGGAAAGAAAGACAACGAACAAAAGAACAAAAAAUCAACUGACGGCAAAAACUCAGAAGAUGCCUUUUAUGAACAAAGAACACAAACGUUUGUUGUAAACUAUAACAAGGAGGCGGCGAGCUUUGGUGCAUCUUCAAGUGUAGGUCAUGAUGCAGACGGUCAAAACGUUAACACAGACGUCACAGAGGCAGAAACCUUGCUGCAAAAUAUUCUCGACGAUAUUUAUACGUAUGUCAACAGACAACGCUCUGAGUUGAACUAUAGAAUCGCUGUAGAAGAGGCCAAUGCCAUGGCCGUUACUUUAGUGGAGUUCCUGCAGGACAGCUUUCCGUUGUUUUCUGAAUAUCCUGAAGAACAACAUAAUGGUAUGAUGGAAUGGUUGAAUAGGUCACAAAUAGAAAAUACGAAGAGAAAUAUCAUAAGUCAAACGAUUCCAAGUCCACACUGUGAAUGUUCAUUGUUGUGUCGUAAUAUCCGGUUGGUGACGCGGCAUUUCGACAAGGAGAUUCGAGCGAAGUUGGAAAAUCUGUACGCCGAAAGAUUCCUCAUGGAAUUGACGGUGCCUGUUGCUGUGUGUGCUCUCGUCGAAGACUUGCUGUUUUACAACGCUGAAGAGAGACAGCAAAGGUUACUUAAAGCCGAUCAAGAAAGGGAAGAACGGAGAUGGUGGAGACGAAUUUUGCGCUUUUUCAGAACAAACAGAAUUCAGGGGGGCUGUUGGCUGCUCAAUCGAAUUCGUCGCAUGAUAAGGAGAAGUUAAAAAUAUAUCACACACAAAGAAGAAUCUGAAUCGAUAUUUUUGACAAGCAAUGCAUAUAUACAACUGAAAAUCUGAGUACAACAAUAUCUUAGAUUUUAUACAAUUUUUACUACACAACAUUUAGUUUAUUUGUAUGGAGUUACUACAGUUUGUAACGAAAUUUACUCUUGAAUGUACAGCUUCAAAGGACAAAAUAAUACUUUAGAUUGAUUAAUUAGUCUUAGAUCUACAGGUUCAAUUUGGCUCUCAUUGUUUGAUUUUUAUUAUUUUGAUGGUGCAUAGGUACACUACUUUGAAGGCUUUUGACAGUGAGCUGAAAAUCAAUCAUUUUAGAAUUAAAAAAAAAAAUACAUGAUGUAUGUUUUUAAUUUGGAUUCUACAAUAAUAAUCCUCAUCUUUAAAUGAUUUCAUUACCCAUGAUCAUGCAGUUGGUUUUUUCCCCAAAUGUGAUGAAAUUGUUUUGCUUUUUACCAUGAAGUUUAUAUUCGUAUCUAUAUAUUUGUUUACAAUAAAAACGAUUUGAUUGUCGAUCUUUCCAAAGUUAAUCAGUUCAUUUUACAUAAGAU